AUGGAAAACAUGUCAGAGGAAACCCACGGCGAAAUGACGGAUCCACAGCACGUCCACCUAAGGUAAGGAGAAAAAAACGGUUCAAGGGGUCCCUGUGUGAAGGUGUUUCUAUAAAACCGCGCCUCAACCUUUUUCUUUCUGCUCCUUUUCAUUCACAUGAAAAUUUUUCCUUGUUUGUAUUGAAUGUGUCAUAUACUAACAGACUGAAAUAAAGUAUGUACACAGCGCCCUAACUUUAUUGAAAUGAAGUCAUGUGUUUGGAGGUUAAGGCUCUGUUUGUGUAGAUACCAACAGUUUGGGUCGGGUCAGAACUGCUGACAUUCAUACAGCUCAUUCAGACGACUCAGAGAAUGAGAGUAUUUGGAAUUUUCCAAUAUUUAUCAUGUCUCAGAUUUGUGCACAUCAGUUUGUGAAUGACAGAUAUUGUACAGAAAGACUUAGCUUUCAGACCCUUUACAACAAGAUCUUCAGUGCUUCUCAUCUUUUUCUUUUAGCUUCCCAUCUGAAAGCUCUGUGGAGGAAAUGGCUCAAGACAGACCAGAUCAAGAUGAGACGGAGAAAACGGAGAUUGAUAACAGCAUCAUACAGAGACUUCAAGACAGACCAGAUCAAGAUGAGACAGAGAAAAAGGAGAUUGAUAACCGAAUCAUACAGAGACUUCAAUCUGGCUGGAUAGGCACUCUUCAUGUCGUUUUCCUGGUGCUGCUUUUAGUCCUAAUCACUGUCAUUGUUGGCCUGAGCAUCAAUGUUAAGCAGUUACAGAAAGAAAGGAGUCAGCUGAGACAGCUUCUAGAAUCAACACACAUGGGACUGAACCACACCAUGGAAGUAAAUCAAAAAGUGAGCCAGAGUCUGAACUUCACCGUGGAAGAAAAUCAAAAACUGAGGCUGAGUCUGAACUACACCAUGGAAGAGAAUCUGAACCUGAGCCUGAGUCUGAACAACACCAUGGAAGAAAAUCAGAAAUUGAGCAGAAGACUAAACUACACCAUGGAAGAUAAUCAGAAAUUGAGCCUGAGUCUGAACUACACCAUGGAAGAUAAUCUGAAACUGAGCCGAAGACUCAACCACACCAAGGAAGAAAAUCAAAAACUGAGCCUGAGUCUGAGCUACUCCAUGGAAGAAAAUCAGAGACUGAGCCGAAGACUAAACCACACCAUGGAAGUAAAUCAAAAAGUGAGCCAGAGUCUGAACUUCACCGUGGAAGAAAAUCAAAAACUGAGGCUGAGUCUGAACUACACCAUGGAGGAGAAUCUGAACCUGAGCCUGAGUCUGAACAACACCAUGGAAGAAAAUCAGAAAUUGAGCAGAAGACUAAACUACACCAUGGAAGAAAAUCUGAAUCUGAGCCAAAGAUUAAACCACACCAAGGAAGAAAAUCAAAAACUGAGGCUGAGUCUGAACUACACCAUGGAAGAGAAUCUGAACCUGAGCCUGAGUCUGAACAGCACCAAGGAAGAAAAUCAAAAACUGAGCCUGAGUCUGAGCUACUCCAUGGAAGAAAAUCAGAGACUGAGCCGAAGACUUAACCACACCAUGGCAGAAAAGUCACAGCUUCAAGUGCAGAUUGAGGAGAUGAAAAUCAUAUUGAAUUCUACUAUGGAAAACCGUGACUCUUUCAGAAAAGACAAAAUCAAAUAUCAACAGCUUUUGAUCAAUGAAAGGCAGACCUCAACUCAACUAAAAGCUGAAAAUCAACGUCAACAAUCAAUUCUGAUGUCGGAGAAACUAUCUUUCCUCUGGAGAUUCUGUGAUAAAGGCACCCUGCAAUGUUCACGCUGCCUUCCUGGUUGGGCUGAGCACGCCACACGCUGCUUCCAUUUGGCAUCACAACCAAUGAAGUGGGAAGAUGCUCGUAGGGAGUGUUUUAAUGAAGGUGCUGACCUGGCUGUUGUCUUGAAUGCUGCAGACCAGGCAUUUCUGACCAACAUGACUUUCCAGUUUACACAGCAGCAUCCAAAUGUACUGUUCCAUUCAGCAUGGAUCGGGUUGCAGGACAUGGUGCAGGAUAACAGAUUUGUGUGGGUAAAUGGUAUCAAGUCCAAGUCAGAUUUGAAGUUCUGGAUGCCUGGAGAGCCAAACAAUGCUGCGGCUCAAUGGGACAAAGACCGUGCAGGACAGGACUGUGUUGUCAUUGUCCCUCCAAAGACUGUUGGACAGAAAGGCUGGCUGAACUCCUGGGAUGAUGUUGUCUGUCGAGGCCAGCGGCACUACAUUUGUGAAACCAAAGCUCUUAUUUUGUCUGGAGUAAAAACUGAGGAAUGA